AUGUCUGAGGAAAGAGCGAAGCUAUACGAUGAUAAUUCUGAUUUCGUGUACCAAAUGGGAGUGUCCCUCAUGGACAAUGACUUGCUACCAAAAGAUGGAGAUUGCAUUCUCGAUCUUGGCUGCGGAACAGGUCGUCUAACGGCACGCCUUGCUUCUAAAGUUGGACUGAGAGGCAACGUUCUGGGAGUUGACCCUAAUGCAGGCAGGAUCGAGCUUGCCCGUACGAAUGCUCAGCGCCAUCACCAAAAUAUCCGGUUCGUUGUAGGUCUUGUGGAUGAUAUGCUGAGCCUUGGGCCAUACGAUAGUAUCUUCUCCAACUACGUCCUCCAUUGGGUACCUGAUGGGAGUAUCCACGAAACAUUGAGGGGUGCACUGGCUUGCCUGAAGCCAGGUGGAUUGCUCUGUGCCCACAUCGCUCUCUCACCCAAAGCAUUGUUUGAGGAUAUAGAACGCCUUGUGACGGGAAAUGAAACUCCUCCAACUCCGCAGUAUAUUCCUGGUGAAGCCGGAGCAAAAUGGAAAAGUAUGUGUGAGCUUGCUGGAUUCGAUGUGUCUGUAGCGGCCGAAGAGAGUGCAAGGGCCUGCCUGGACAACUUGGACACCUGUAUCAACGUGGUGAGAGCCUAUCUGGAUACGCAUGCUAGCGGAUAUGCUAUAAUGGAUAACGAUGUCAGUUCACUGAUGAAGGCCCACGGUAUCAAGUCGAGGUCUGACAAAGUCGUCACGGAAUCAAACUACGUCCGUCUGAUUGCGCACAAAUCGCCAGAGGGCCAAUGA